AUGGGAGAUGCAGAGAGGGACCAAUCUGGAGGUGCCUGGUCUCGCGUUCCAGUUUGGGACGGAUCGCCACAGACGUGGCGAGCUUUCCAGAGAGAAAUGAAAUGGUGGACUAGCAGCCUGGACUUAGAAGGAACGAAGAAAUACAACCUUGCUGCACGUUGGUUGUUGAGGCAGUCAGGCGUAGUUCGCCAAAGAGGUGAAGAGUUCAAUCCAGAUGAGCUUGAGUACCAGAAGGAGGUCAAAGGUGAAGAUCCACAGACAGGUGACGAAGUUGUCAUUACGCCUGAGGACCCGCUGAGUGGCUUGACAAAGUUGCUGAAGGCGUUAGAGGGCAUCAAUGGCAAAACAACACUUGACAAACGUGGAGAGCUGAGAAAUUUGUUUUACUUGGAGUUGAAAAGAAAACCAGGUGAACGCAUAGCUGAGUUUUGCUCCAGGUUUAGAGUUUCUCUUGCAGACCUCAGAACGGAGGGAGUGACCUUACCUUCCGGUGAAGUUGGAUGGUUUUUCAAGACAAAGCUUGGUCUUGACCCGCUGCGAGUGCAACUCCUGGAAACUGCCUUGUCAGGCGCUGAGGAGUACGAGACGAUCGAACGUGAAGUUCUUCGACUUUUCAAAGAUCUGCAUUCUCAGGAUCCGUUGGUGCGCAAGUCUUUUGGAGACAGCAACAACAAGGGUGGUUCCUUGAUGCAGAGGUUUUUGACUUCACAGAAUCCUUCAAGCAAGCCUUCGUCCUAUGCACCUUCGAUGGCUAGCUCUGUGCCGAGGUCCCACAGGACUUCAACGACUUCUGGAUCAAGCAGGUUCAGUGGAUUUAGAAAGCCUUUCCCGGCCCGACAGGCCAUGGUUUCUGAAGCAGAGGACCCUGAACCUGAUGAGGAAGCAGAGCUGUUGGAAGAUGAGAAUGAGGCUGAACCGAACUUGGAGGACAUGCUGAAAAGUGAAGCCGAAGCUCUUGCGGCUGAGUUGGAUGACGCUGCAGACAACGGCGUCGAUGCCUCGACCUUGCAGGAGAUAGAAGAAUCAGUUGAAACCGCAGCUGAAGCACUCCUCACCAUGAAGGAGGCACGAACGAAGUUGCAGGAAGUGAAACGUGAUCGGGGUUACCUGAAACCAGCCGAUGGUACCUCGAAGAACAACCCAAAGAAGACUGCCAAGAACCCGUGUUUCGAUUGCGGCCUUCCAGGACACUGGGCUGGAGACCCGGAAUGUGGCAAACCUGGACAAGGCCUUGCAAGGAAGUCUUCGUUGAAGAAACCCGGCAGCCGACAUGUCAAAGUGGUUGAAACUUUGAAUACAGAACAUGUGGAUGAAGCGGAAGGUGAAAGCCAUGAGGUGCUCACCGUGUCGGCUCAACCUUUGUCCCAGUCCUUUGUAGCUGCACUUGAAGAUGCCCACUCCGUGACAAAAGAAGCGCUGAUUGCACAGCUGGCAGAAGACAAACGUCUUGUUGGAGCUUUGGAUUCGGCAUGCAACAGAACAUGUGCUGGACCGGAUUGGUUGAAAGGGUAUCUUCAUGGACUUCAAUCUGCACCAGAAAGCAUUAGGAGCCUAGUGACCUCAAAGCCUGAGCAUGAAACCUUUCGUUUUGGAAAUGGCGGCACCAAGGUGUCGGACAUGCGAUGGAGAUUGCCAACAGUGAUAGGAGGGAGGCUGUUUUGCUUUUGGUGUUCGGUGGUGCCAGUUCCAUCACUUGGUCUUCUACUUGGCCGUGAUUUUUUGGAAAGUAUUGGAGCUGAUCUGUCCUUUUCACGCCGUGAACUUUGCUGUGAACGUUUGGGGGCUGAGAAGAUUCAACUGAAACAGCUGGCUGCAGGACAUUACCUACUGCCUUUGAUUCCUGCUGCAUGGCCAGGUGUGGGCUCUCAGCGUUGGCGUAGGAUUGGACAAGAUGGCAUCAUUGAGUUGCAGAUGUCGACACCAGCCGGCGUGCAAACCGGCAGAUGGCGCAGAAUGUUCCUCAAGCUGAACGAGCGCAUGCUGUGGGCCGCAAGAGGCGUCCUGCUCUGGCUUUUACAAAGGCCUUUCUUGCGCUUUCUGCCCUUUCCAUACCCCUCGACGUCAUCAACAGACAAAUGGUUGGAGCAAGCGCGCAAACAGGUUUCAGCCGGGGUGAUCUCAAAGCGCCACUUCAAGUUGGCGGUCGCAAUGAAGCAGUUCACCAUGGCCAAUCUGGGAGAAUGCAUACACCUGAGAGGACGCAUUGGCCUCAAAUUGGCGUUCUGCGAGGACCCGACGGUGGAGGGCAUGUUGCAAGCUCUUCCAAUGAAAGGCAUGGCCAACAAGAUCCGAAAGGCCGUUCAAGCAGAAGCUGUGGCCGCAGCCAAACAGCUUGCCAGCGACAACAAGCGAGAAGCAGAGGCUCGGACCUUGAUUGGGCCAAAGGGCGGACUUCCUUCACUACGAGGGGACCUGGUGAGACUUGCAGCCCUUCUCCAAGUGACUCUUGGAGACAAGGACACCAUCGAGGUGAUAAAAGAAAAGGUGAAGCCAAUGGUGGCCAUCCUCAAAGAGAAGCCUGUGCAGCCGACCGCUGCAAAGUCAACAGCCAAAGCCAAAGCUGCCAAGCCGAAAAGCCAUCCCAAAGAUGCGAGCGCUUCCUCAAUGUCUUCAGAGGUGCGCCCACUGUCAGUUCUUCAAGAUCAGGUGGCAAGCUUGACAGCACAGUUGGAAGCAAUGAAAGCCUUGCUGCCGGAACAGCACCAAGUGCCGGUGGUGGAUCUCAUGGAGGUGGAUGCGAAAUCGGAAGUGGAGUCAAUGACUUCCGAAGAUUACAAGCAAGUUCAAGAAGCGAUGCUGGAGGAUUGCUAUGGAGAAGCCCUGAGAGCACAAUACGGGAACAUCGACCUGGUGGAUCUGACACAGAAGAUCAAGAGCGGCCAAGCUCAGAUGAUUGCACAAGCCUGGCAAAAGCAUGAAGCUGACCGUUUGAAAACCUCCUGGGGCCCAGCCAAGAUCCGUGAGACUUUGGUUGCUGACUAUGAGAAUGAUUUCUGGCAUGCAUUGACGGAAGAGACCUUCAUCCAACCCAUGGUCUUUGAUUUUGAGUCCUUUGCGGUUUCUGACGCCAAUGCAGUUGAAAAGAAUUCCAAGACUUCAAAGAAUGCCAAGGUUUCUGAGUAUAAGCAGUUUUCCAAGAAUGCCAAAGUCCCACCGAAUGUCAAGGUUUCUGCGAAUGACCUGGCCACAAAGAAUGUCAACCGUUCUGAGCCCUGUGCAGGCUCGUCGAAGGUCAAGCCGUUUGUCACAGAGGUCUACACGAGUGCUGAGAACGUCAUGAAAGAGGCCAGAAAACGUGGACACAAUGUGGGGCAAUCUAUGUCUUUGGAAACUGGUUGGAACUUCUUGGAUGCCAAUGACAGGUUCAAAGCUUACAACAAGAUCAGAGAUGAAAAGCCUUUUUGCGUGGUUUUAGCAUUUCCUUGCAAUGGUUUCAGCCCUCUUCAACGUUUGAAUGGACUUCAUCCCGAAAGAAAAGCAGAAAGAAGGGCGAUUGGUCGUGAACUCAUGAAGUUUGCUUUGGAAAUAGCUGAACUGCAGAUCAGAGAAGGUCGACAUGUCAUCUUAGAAAAUCCUCGAGGCAGUGAAGCUUGGAAUGAACCUGAGAUGUUGCGUUUUCUUGAGGAGAAUGAGCUCUACGCCGCUAUCUUUGACCAAUGCCGUUUUGGCCUCAAAAGCCUUUCUGGUUGGUUGCACAAGAAGCCAACGAGAGUGGUGAGCUCAAGUUCAGAUGUUGCUGCGGAAUUGGAUGGAGUGACUUGCAUGCGCAACCACCCUCAUGCGCCAGUUCUGGGCGGCUCUCAUGUGACAGCCCGUGCGGGCAUCUACCCAAAGCCUUUGGCACGCGCCAUGGUUAGGGGCCUUGAGAAGCAAUUUGAACGAGAGUUUGCUCCUCGUGAAGCUCUUGCUGCCGAAAUUGGAGAGGAUGUUGAGGAGGAGGAAUUGGCUUUUGAAGGCGGUGGAUUGGUGAUGCCUCAAGAUGAUGGCAGUGACGUGGAGGACGAAGUGGAUUCAAAGGGAACUGCAAUUCCUGUUUCUUCUGGCAUGCGCGCAACAAUCCUUCGACUUCACCAGAACACUGGCCACAGAUCGGGCAAAAGGUUAGCCCGAGCCCUAGCCAUUGCGGGGGCACCUGCAGAAGCAAUUCAGGCGGCGAAACAACUUCAAUGCUCAGUUUGCCAAGAGCGACAACCACCUCGUGCCCGCCGUCCUGCUUCUCUUCCUGUGCCUCGCGACAUGGGUGACCAAAUCCAUGUGGACUUGCUGGAAGUUUUUGACACCAGCGAGAAGAAGUAUGUAGUGGCCCAUGCAACUGAUGCCGCUACACGGUUUCAGAUGGCUGAGAUUUUGCCAGACAAAUCAACCAAGUCUGUGGUGCGCUUCCUUUCUACCAGAUGGAUUGCAACAUUUGGCCCUCCGAGAGUGAUGGUCGUGGACCAAGGCAGAGAAUUUGUGUCUUGGGAAAUGGAGGAAUAUGCUGGAAGCCAAUCCAUUCUUUUGCACCACAUCGCCGUUCAGGACAUGCAGGUAGCUCUUGCCGAGGCGACAUCAGCUUACAAUGGCGACAUCAAUGAAUUGGGUGCUUCUCCUUUUCAGGCUGCCAUUGGACGUCAGCCUCGAAUGGUUGGAGACGUGCUGGGAGGCAUACAAACAAGGCUUGCGGAGCAUGGACUUAUUGACUCCAAGCCUUCGCUGGCUAGACAGUUGGCCAUGCGAGAAGUUGCCAAAAUAGGGAUGACCCGCCUUCACUUCAGCCGAAGUUUGCGGAAGGCAGAACUAGCACGAUCCCGAAACCCAACCAUUGAGCAGCUUCCAGAGCCUGGCACAAUCUGCUACUUCUACAGGCCUUUGAAGUACAACAACAAGACAGCGCCGUCCAAGAAGAAGCUCACUCUGAAACGUUGGCAUGGCCCUGCACUUCUCCUGGCCAUUGAAGGCAGAAGCUCUGGAUACUUGAGCUACAAGGGGCAAUUGACCAAAUGCGCCCUGGAGCACAUUCGUGCAGCCAGCACGAUGGAACAGAUAGCUGCAGAUUCAUGGCGUGAAGCCAUAGAAGAAGCUGUUGAGGCUGCCACCUUGGACUUGUCGGCCCGUGGACUUCCUUUGGCCGAUGGUGGCGAUGGAACUGCUGUUCAACAACCAGCUGCUGUGAUGCCAAUGCCUGGCACUCCUGCCUUCUUGCCCUCAUCUUCAGCAGCUGCAGUUCCAGAACAAGCAAUGCCGGUUGGCGACGAUUUGCCUCCGGUAGCGCCUCAAGAACUUGCUGGUGCCUUGAUGCCUGCCUCUGCACCAGUAUCGACUGUGCCUUCCAGAAGAUUGAGUGAGGCGACGUUUGAACGAGCCACUACAGAUGGACUUUCGAGUGGACUCGGCGAUGGACUUCGAAAACGAGCCUCAAGCUUUGCAAGCCAGUUGCAAGGCGUCAUGGAACAAGCACGACGUCAACGUUUGGCAGAUCCUACAGGAACCAAACGAGCUGCCGACACAUCACUGGAAAGAUUGAAGGCUGAAUCCUCUGAGCCUCCUGUUCCUCAACCUGAUGAACCUCCAGUGAUCACAGCAACUUCAUCUACUGAGCCUGCGGCAGAAGCAUUGCAGACCACGAGAGAAGAUGUUUUGUCCAGUUUGGGCGAUCCUUCACUACACCCACUGCAACACAUCUACAAUGCUGCCUGUGAAGACAGACUCAACCCUACUGAAGUGCGUGUGAAAGAUCAUGGUUCUUGGGAUGGCAGAUGGCCUUUACCCUCAAGAACGGAAUGGCAUGCUCACCAACGGCUUGGACUUCCUUGGCCUUGUGGGCAUGAUGAUCUGGUUGAAAAUGACGUGAUGGCAGUUCAAGCCAAUCGCAAAGAAUUUCACUGGCGCUCCAUGAGUGAUGCUGAAAAGGCUGAGUUCAAGAUUGCAGCCGAACAAGCUUGGAGCGUUUGGAAGGAGAAUGAUGCGGUUGAAGAACUAUCUCCUGAAGAAUCUCAACGAGUGCGUGAGAGACUGAAGAGAGAAGGCCAGCAGGGGAAGAUUCUCACCCCCAGGUACGUGUUUACCGACAAACACGAAGGCCUUCGCACUGAGCAGAACAAGUUGCCUCUCCGUGCACGAGCGCGCAUUGUUGUUCCUGUGUUCAAGGACAUCUUUUCAAUUGGACUUCGAAUGGAUGCUCCUACAUGUUCAAGACUGGCCCAACAUUUCCUUUUGACCUUGACGGCAUGUUUCAAUGUUUUGGCUGUUGGAGCUGACCUUGCUUGGACUUUGCUUUCAGCCGACAUCAAGUCAGCCUUCAUGAAAGGAGAUGCCUACAUGGAUGGGACCAGAGAGCUGUUCAUGGAGAACAUCCGAGGGGCCCUUGAUGAACCUCGCUUGCCUUUUCCUGGACUUGCCAGGAUACGCAAAGGAGUGUUUGGUUUGAGUGAUGCGCCGAGACGUUGGUAUUUGAGGUUGAACAAGUCCCUGAUUCAGCAGGGAUGGCAAAGAACUACACUGGACUACGCCUGUUGGGUUCUGUGGUCACCAUGUGGAACGAGGUUGGAUGGCGUCCUCAUCUCACAUGUGGAUGAUUUGCUUUUGGGCGGAAACCGCCGUGCUGUCGCCAAACUUCAAGAGCUUGGACGAGAAUUGGGGUUUGGAAGCACCUCUGAGAAGGACAUCACCUAUUGUGGCAAACGUAUCCGCCAAUGGGAUGACGGCCACAUCACCAUCACCAUGGAGGAGUACCACAGCAACCUGAAGACAGUGAACAUUCCUGUGCCUCGCCGAGCCAACCCAGACUCAGACUUGACGGAGAUGGAACGACGUCAACUUCGUGCAAUCCUUGGUUCACUUCAAUGGCUGGUUGCUCAACUGCGAUUUGAUUUGGGUUUUCAGCUCAGCACCUUGCAAGGUGAACCGCCGAAGAUCAGCACCCUGAUGAAAGCAAAUCUGCUUGUCAAGCGCUUCAAGCAGGACCCUGACUUUGCCCUGACCUUCAAGCCGAUGGAUUUGAAGGGAGCUGGAAUCAUGGUGGUAACAGAUGCCAGUUUGGGGAAUGUCACCAAAGCUGGCGGAGCUGAUGGAACUGUGUUGGAAAAGGUGUUUAGCCAAAGCGCCUACUACGUCCUCCUGGCCGACAAGGACCUUUUGGCUGGACGAGAAGGAAGCUUCUCAGUGCUGGACGCAAGAAGCCACAGACUUCCUCGAGUAUGCCGCUCUACAUACGGAGCAGAGCUGCUGGGAACGGAAGAAGCAUUUGAUGUUGGAUGUUUCUGCCGUGGCUGGUGGGCGAUGUUGCAAGGCCUUCCAAUUGAACACAAACGUGCUGAAGAAGUCAUGGACUGCAUUCCUUUGGCAGUCGUCACUGAUGCACGUGAUGUCUACGACAAAGGGUCUUCAGACACACCUUCCUACGGAUCUCAAAAAUCCCUGGCGUUCACAGUUGCCUGGAUUCGUGGAGUCCUUAGCAAACCCAACACCAUGCUCAAGUGGACAUCGACGGAGAACCUCUUCGUGGAUUGCGGGACGAAAGACAUGAGCACUGAGCAUGUACAUAAGAUUCUUAGCAGCUGCCGAUGGAGCGUGACCUUCAACCAAGAUGCAAGCCCUGGAUGGCACCAACGUGAAGGUGUCCUAAUCAAUGUGGCACGCCAUGCAAAGUCUUUCAGAACUCCAGGAGCCCGUGUGGAUCCUAAGAAAUUUCCUUUGAGAACCACGUAUGCCAGAAUUGACCAUCCAGACGGGAAGUCAGACUGGAGGAUUUUGGAAGAAGGUACAGAAUAUGGCAUUUUGCCAAAUCCCCAUGCGCUUUUGGGCACAAUAGCUGGCAUUUUGGUGACGGUGUAUCGUUCCCAAGCUACAAAUAAAGAGAAAUCAACUGAAGAACCAUGCAUUUAG